AUACAAACCUGCACUUGGCUGAGCUUUUUCACUGUAGCACUUCAACGAUCAGUAAUAUAAUAUUAACAUUUGUUCAUGUACUUUGCAAGCUGCUUUAUGAGGACUGUUUAAAAACUGUGCCUUCAAGGGAAAAGAACAGAACCUCUAUGCCUGAAUCAUUUUCAUUGUUUGGCCAUUGUAAAAUGAUCAUUGACUGCACUGAUAUUGAGGUUGCUGCCCCUGGCUUGAUGAGUGAACAGAAACUGAUCUAUUCAACAUACCGAGGAAUGAACUCAUUCAAGACACUGAUUGGGGUUGCACCAAAUGCUGUCAUUACUUAUGUAAGCAAACUGUUUCCUGGCUCAACAUCUGAUAAAGCCAUUGUUGAAAAAUCUGGAGUGUUACAUCAUUUUGAAGCAGGAGAUUUGAUACUGGCAGACAAGGGGUAUUUAAUAACAGAUAUUCUUCCCCCAGGUGUUUCCGUGAACAUUCCCCAAUUCUUAUAUAAUGGAAAGUUUAAUUCAAGUGAAAUAAAGCUCACAAAAACAAUUGCACGAUGCAGAAUUCACGUGGAACGAGCAAACGCAAGGCUUAAAGAUUUUAAGAUCUUAAGCUUUAUUCCACCAUACCUUCGAUGCUACUCUGAAACACUUUUAAAACUGUGUGCUGGGCUGGUCAACUUGCAAAACUCACUCAUCAGAGAAAUCAGAGACACUGUAGAUUUAACAUAAUUUUCUUUUAAUGUCAAAAUGAAUAGAACAUAAACAAAAAUUUGAAAUCAACUUGACUAGAAUUAAUUUUGAGCCUUAACCCUAUUUUUGAAUAGCAUAUAAAUUACAGACUUAAAAAAGCCCUGGACAAGUGAACUGAACAUUACAUACCCAUUGCCAAGUGAGCAACUGUGGUCAGUUCAAAAUUUAUACAGGCAGAUUGUGGAUAAAUAUUCAGUAUUU